AUGGAGCCAGUUAAAGAUGCUGAGACGACGGUGGAAACUCAGGAUGGAGCUGCUGCCGACGUUUUGCUGUCACCUGAAAUGGGCGCGCUUGAGCAUGUUUCUUCGAAUCCAAGUCAUGGCGGCAGAUAUAUGCAAUACAACUUAUCUGGCCAUAUCUUCGAAGUCCCCGCAAAGUAUAAGCCACCGAUCAUGGCUCUUGGCAAUGGUUCUUAUGGCUUCGUUUGUUCGGCUCUGAACACGGAGACGAAUGAGAAAGUAGCAAUAAAGAAAAUCGCGAAUGCACUUGAAAACGAAAUCGCGGCAAAGAGAACUCUCCGUGAAAUCAGGAUUCUUCGUCACUUAAAACAUGAAAAUAUUAUUGGCAUCAAAGACGUAAUGUUGCCUCCUAAGAGAGAUGCAUUUAAAGAUGUUUACAUUGCAUAUGAGUUGAUGGACACUGACCUUUAUAAAGUGAGUCGCCGUCAACCAGAACUCGAAGAAGUUCAUUUCCAGUGUUUCUUGUACCAAAUCCUGCGCGGACUCAAGUACAUGCACUCGGCCAAUGUGAUACACAGAGAUUUAAAACCGAACAACAUCCUCGUGAACUACAACUUGGGCUUAAAGAUCUGCGACUUCGGGCUUGCUCGUGGCACUUCAGAGAAUAAUGUGAUGAGCCCGUGUGUUUGCGCAAGAUGGUACUGUGCACCUGAGCUUCUGUUUAACUCUUGUGAUUAUACCACAGCUAUAGAUAUUUGGUCUGUUGGCUGUGUUUUCUAUGAAAUGGUGACCCGUGAACCGCUCUUCCCCGGUAAAGAUCAGAUUCAUAUGCUUCGUCUACAAAUGGAGGCCAUAGGCUCUCCAUCAGAAGAUGAUCUUCGAUCGUUUAAUGAAAAUGCUAAGCGAUACUUCAGGGAGGUUCCUUUCAUUCCAAGCCGAUAUUUGGGUGCGAACAUCGGCAAUGCGCCCUUUACAGCUAUUGACUUGAUGGAGAAGAUGCUAAAAUUUGACCCUAGAAAGAGGAUCUCAGCUGAAGAAGCGCUUGCUCAUCGAUAUUUCGACUCGAUGUACAAACCUAACCAUGAACCAGUGUUCGCGAAGCCCUUCACCUUCGAUUUAGAGGAACGUCCAUACACUGUGGAGCAGGUGAAGGAGCUAAUCUACUGUGAAGGCCUCGCUUUCAACCCUGAACCAGCAGUAACUGAAAACGAACAUUGA